GGCUGUACAAUUGCCUUGAUUUCACCAUCUUUGUUGACACGUGCUUCGAUUAUUUGCUUAGUUGCACAGCGGUGAGUGGGGCCUAGCAUAGGUGAGCCACAUGCGGGUUAAAGAGCAGAAAUGAUUUCAGUUGCAUUCUGAAUGCAUGAACGGAAGUUUCUCCAUUCUCAUUGACAAAGAGUAGCCUACUUUUGUGUGUGUGGUGGGCGGAAAAUGUCAUACAGUUCCGACAUGUCUGUAGAGGAGAAUUAUUACGAAGGAGACCUAAAUAGUUUACCCGACGACUCCAAUGUUGUCCAACGUUAUUUAUUACAACUGAGACAGAGGGCACAGAAAGACGUCAUCGACCCGCAGGACAGGUUGAAUUGGUCGGACAGUUUUCUAAUAAAGUUUCUGAGAGCGAGAGACUUUGAUGUUGAGCUGUCACUGAAGCUACUAAUUAAUUACCAGCGUUGGAGGAGAGAGUGCCCAGAGAUCAAUGCCAACCUGCACCCGUCCUCUGUCCUGGGACUCCUCCAGAAUAACUACCAUGGAGUGCUGAGGGACCGGGACCUCAGUGGCAGCAGAGUGCUCAUCUAUAGGAUAGGUCAGUGGAACCCUAAAGAUUUCACAGCUUACGAGGUGUUCCGUGUCAGUCUGAUCACAUCUGAGCUGAUCGUCCAGGAGACCGAGACACAGAGAAAUGGACUGAAGGCCAUCUUCGACAUGCAGGGAUGGUGCUUCGCUCAUGCCCUACAGAUCAACUCCUCCCUGGCAAAGAUGAUGUCCUCUGUGCUCACGGACUCGUUUCCUCUGAAGGUGCGAGGGAUCCAUCUGAUCAAUGAGCCCAUAUUCUUCAGGCCCGUCUUCACCAUGAUCCGUCCAUUCCUGACUGAUAAGAUCAAACAGCGGAUCCACAUGCAUGGCAGUAAUUUCAAAGAGACGCUGAGUGGCUUCUUCUCCAAAGACAUCCUCCCCCAGGAGUACGGGGGCAGCGGCCCCUCCAUGGAGGAGGUUUGUCAGGAGUGGACCUCCCACAUUCUGCAGUCUGAGGAAUGCCUCACCCAGCUCUCCACCUGCCCUGCAGGAGAUGAGGUCACCCCAGAGACAGAACCUGACCCUGACAGCCAGUCUGCCUACAGCUCCUGACUCCAAAUGGACUACACAUCCCAGAGUGCAUCUCAAUGACCAACCACACAACUCGUAGCAUCCUUCUGAAGUGGAUGGGGUGCACAUCUUCAGCUCUCGAGGUCCAUAUGCAAGUUUACUACCAUUUUCCUGGUUAUUAAGUUUGUCAGUUGAUGAUGGUAGGACCAAAUGCUCAAAAGAAUUGACUACAUUGUGUUUGGAAUUAGACCUAGACUACUUUUCUCUAUCUCCUGUUUUAUGGGUUUUAAAGUAUAUUAGCAGUAUACAGCCAACUGUCUGUUACCAUGUGUUAUAACUAAGACCAAGGUUAAAGAUGUAUGUUUUAGCUAUUUGUUCAAUUUUGUGAAUGUCUACUCUAUUAGAGACUUGUAUUUUUAUACUAUAAUUGGUGUUUUAAUUAUGAAGAUUAAAGGUCAAUUCCACCA